CACCAUAAAUUGAAAAAAACCCAUCAACCAUCAAUAAUAUGGGAAAAGAAAAUAACUAUUUUUUGACUGUUUGGAUAUUUUUGGGACAAAUCUAUGCAACUUUUUCUUCUGACCCCGAACCCACGACUGCUGUAUUUGUAAACAGCACCACGGUUCCCCUACCCACUACUACUGAAUGGAUCAGCGACUACAAUGACAUUGUGUCCAAGUUCUCCCUGCGCUCAGCAGACAUCCCAGAAGAUGAUAUGUGCUAUCUCGUGGCCGGCAGCCCUGAGACCAUCGCAGAGUGUGAAUUCAAUCCAGAAACCCAGACCUUCGUUGUGAUACAUGGCUGGACGGUAACAGGGAUGUUUGAGAGCUGGGUGCCCAAGCUGGUGUCUGCUCUCUUUGACCGGGAGCCCACUGCCAAUGUGAUCGUGGUGGACUGGCUGACCCGUGCCAAUCAGCACUACCCGACCUCUGCAGCCUACACCAAGCUAGUGGGCCGUGAUGUUGCCAAGUUUGUCACCUGGUUACAAAAUGAGCUGCAGUUGCCUUGGGAGAAGAUUCAUCUGCUGGGUUACAGUUUGGGAGCACAUGUGGCUGGAAUUGCCGGAGACCUCACUGACCAUAAAAUCAGCAGGAUCACUGGUCUGGAUCCUGCUGGUCCCACCUUCGAGAACGCAGACAAUCAGAACACCCUAUCCCGAGAUGAUGCCCAGUUUGUAGAUGUCCUGCACACCAACACCAGGGGCUCCCCAGACCGCAGCAUUGGCAUCCAGAGGCCUGUGGGCCACAUUGACAUUUACCCCAAUGGAGGCACCUUCCAGCCAGGCUGCGACAUCCAGAACACAUUGCUGGGAAUUGCAAUGGGAGGGAUCAAGGGUCUCCAAAAUAUGGACCAGCUUGUCAAGUGUUCCCACGAGCGCUCCAUCCAUCUCUUCAUUGACUCUCUGCUGAACAUCCAGCAGCAGAGCAUGGCCUACCGUUGCAACUCCAAAGAGGCCUUCAACAAGGGCCUGUGCCUCAGCUGCCGAAAGAACCGCUGCAACAAGCUCGGCUACAACAUCAAUAAGGUCCGCACCACCCGCAGUGCCAAGAUGUAUCUCAAGACGCGUGACAUGAUGCCAUACAAAGUUUUCCAUUACCAAGUGAAGGUGCAUUUCUUCAGUAAGGACCCACUGAGUUUCACAGAGCAGCCAAUCAAAGUUUCUUUGUAUGGAACCCAUGGAGAGAGGGAGGAUAUUGCCCAUGUCUUGCCGGUCCUGAAUGGUAACACCACUCUGUCCUUCCUCAUCACCACGGACGUGGACAUCGGAGACCUGAUGAUCGUGAAGGUGCGCUGGGAGAAGGAUACGAUCAUCAGCUGGUCAGACUGGUGGGGCAGCAGCAAGUUCCACAUCCGAAAACUGCGCAUCAAAUCUGGGGAGAAACAGUCCAAGUUGAUCUUCAGUGCAAAGGAAGGGGAGUUUGCUUAUCUGGUCAGAGGAGGAGAAGAUGCAGUCUUUGUCAAGUCAAAAGAAGACACUCUGAGCCGUAAAGAGAAACUGCUGCACAAGCUGAAAACACAGGGUAGUAAUUUUGGGCAGAACGAUGCUUGAAGUUGCACUUGAACACAACCCACAUCAUGCACAUCAUCCAUCUCUACAUACAUAGCCAAAGAUGGACAGCGCAACACUGGGAAAAUCUUUGCAAGCAACUGGACACGUACUCAAUGAUACGUUUUUCUCUGAUUCUUCCUAUUUUUCCUUCUGACUUCAACUCCCAGCACAGCCAACAUGACCUUCAUUUGUUUAUGCUUUUGUAUUCCAUAUGUUUAUACUGAUUUUGAUGUAUUUGGUGUGUUUUCUUUGCCUAUGUGAACUUGGAUUAUUGUUGAUUCAGAGUGACAGGCAUAAAUUAGACACAACCAUUUUGUUUUGUUUUUUUUUAAUGCGCAAAAUGAUCUUUUUGUCCCUAUAUUUUUCUCUACCUAACCACUAAUUGCCAACAAUCGACAGGGACCAAAGAAAUAUUGACUAUCUACUGAAUGGAGAAUCACAGUGGUCUUUGUAAAUACCUUUUUUAAUCAGUAUUAUAUUUUUUUUUUGAAUUUUGAGUUAUAUGUUAAUAUCUGAUCUCUUGCAGCCUUGCUUUUUUUUGAUCGCAUUUUGGUUAUUGUGUCACUGGUCACUUUAAAAGGCUCUCUGUCCCCUCAUUUCAAUGUAAUGGUUACUGAGAUUGCAGUCUAGCAGGGAUAUACAUUCUUUGGUUUUGGUCCCUUCUUAAAUGUUCCAGUAAUGGCUAAGUGCCCCUUAAAUACUUUAUAAAUGGGUCAACAGUGUCACCUGAAACAGUUUACCUCAAGCUCAGUCUACAAUAUGCCCUCCUUUUGAAAGGUCAAACAUUAUAAAAUUGCUGAUAAGCAUGCAAGCCUUUGUCAUUUGUGAUGGACUGGCCUACAUGAUAGCCAUAAUACAUCUCAAGAAUACGUCAUAUUGUAUUUAUUGAAUGUACAUUUAUAUUUGUAUAUUAAGCUGUAAUAUAUUUUGGCAGGCUUUCAUUGUCGUCUGUAUUUUUUAUAAAUGAAGCGUUCUGUGAUUUUAUGCACAAGGAUUGGGAAUGAUUGAUCAAAUUGGUCUCCAUGCCAGCUGUUGUGUGCAUUUACUUUUAUGAACUGAAAUGCAGUGCACUGUAUAAAGAGCCCAGGAUGGUUUAAUAAAGAUAUAAGAUACA